GAUGCAAAACAAAAGGCAUUCCUAAAUUUUUAAAUUGCAUAGAAACCUUUUAAUUUUUAAUAAAAUUUAAGAUGCAUCUUCUAUAGUAGUAGAAUCAUCAAGAAAUUAAUAAUUUAGGAAUAGAAAAAAUAAGUAAUAUCCUCAAUUACAUCUUAUUCCUUUUGGAAAUCAAAGAGAGAUUAAAACUGACUUAGAUUCAGAAACAGAUAGAUACUUGUAACCAUAGAAGACUAAAAUGAAUCGUAGAUGCUCACAUUCAAUAAGAAGAAACCAAAUUGAAUACAAUUUCAAUACAAGUGUUAUUAAUUAUUCAUUUUAAAAAAGUAAAAAGGAUUAAGCCUGCUAAACUUAUUUCUUAGAUGAAUUUGUGAAUGUUGAUAUUUGA